UCCUAGAUCAGUGUGCGUGUAACCACCAUGGAUGCAGAGCUGGAGUUUGCCAUUCAGCCCAACACCACUGGCAAGCAGCUGUUUGACCAGGUGGUGAAAACUAUUGGUUUGAGAGAAGUUUGGUUCUUUGGUCUGCAGUACCAGGACACAAAAGCUUUCUCUACUUGGCUGAAACUCAAUAAGAAGGUGACUGCACAGGAUGUGCGGAAGGAAAGUCCGUUGCUCUUCAAGUUCCGGGCCAAGUUCUAUCCAGAGGAUGUGUCUGAAGAACUGAUUCAGGAUAUCACCCAGCGCCUGUUCUUUCUGCAAGUGAAGGAGGGCAUUCUCAAUGAUGACAUUUAUUGUCCACCUGAAACCGCUGUGCUGUUGGCGUCCUAUGCCGUCCAGUCUAAGUAUGGUGACUUCAACAAGGAAGUGCACAAGUCUGGCUACCUGGCUGGAGAUAAGUUGCUGCCCCAAAGAGUCUUGGAGCAGCACAAACUCAACAAGGACCAGUGGGAAGAGCGGAUCCAGGUGUGGCAUGAGGAACACCGGGGCAUGCUCAGGGAGGAUGCUGUCCUGGAAUAUCUCAAGAUUGCUCAGGACCUGGAGAUGUAUGGUGUGAACUAUUUCAGCAUCAAGAACAAGAAAGGCUCAGAGCUGUGGCUGGGUGUGGAUGCCUUGGGUCUCAACAUCUAUGAGCAGAAUGACAGAUUGACUCCUAAGAUUGGCUUCCCUUGGAGUGAAAUCAGGAACAUCUCUUUCAAUGAUAAGAAAUUUGUCAUCAAGCCUAUUGACAAAAAGGCCCCGGACUUUGUGUUCUAUGCUCCUCGGCUUCGGAUUAACAAAAGGAUCUUGGCCCUGUGCAUGGGGAAUCAUGAGCUGUACAUGCGUCGGCGUAAGCCUGACACCAUUGAGGUGCAGCAGAUGAAGGCCCAGGCUCGAGAAGAGAAGCACCAGAAGCAGAUGGAGCGUGCUCUACUGGAAAAUGAGAAGAAGAAGCGUGAGCUGGCUGAAAAGGAGAAGGAGAAGAUUGAACGGGAGAAGGAAGAGCUGAUGGAGAAGCUGAAGCAGAUUGAGGAGCAGACCAAGAAGGCUCAGCAAGAACUGGAAGAACAGACCAGCAGGGCCCUGGAACUUGAGCAGGAACGGAAGCGUGCCCAGAGCGAGGCUGAAAAGCUGGCCAAGGAGCGUCAAGAAGCUGAAGAAGCCAAGGAGGCCCUGCUGCAGGCUUCUCGGGACCAGAAGAAGACUCAGGAACAGCUGGCCUCAGAAAUGGCAGAGCUGACAGCACGGAUCUCCCAGCUGGAAAUGGCUCGGCAGAAGAAGGAGAGUGAGGCUGUGGAAUGGCAGCAGAAGGCCCAGAUGGUCCAGGAAGACUUGGAGAAGACUCGCGCUGAGCUCAAGACAGCCAUGAGUACCCCUCAUGUGGCAGAGCCUGCUGAGAAUGAACAUGAUGAGCAGGAUGAGAAUGGAGCCGAGGCCAGUGCUGAGCUGCGGGCUGAUGCCAUGGCCAAGGACCGCAGUGAGGAGGAACGUACCACUGAGGCAGAGAAGAAUGAGCGUGUGCAGAAGCAUCUGAAGGCCCUUACUUCAGAGCUGGCCAAUGCCCGCGAUGAGUCCAAGAAGACUACCAAUGACAUGAUCCAUGCUGAGAACAUGCGACUGGGACGAGACAAAUACAAGACCCUGCGCCAGAUCCGGCAGGGCAAUACCAAACAGCGCAUUGAUGAAUUUGAGUCCAUGUAGUGGGCGUCAGCCGUUAUGGACCCCUCCUCCUUCUUCCUUGUCCCCACACUCCUAUAGUUUUGCCUAACUAACACUGUGCUGGAGCCACUAACUAGAAAAGCCUUGGAGCCAUACCAAACAUUCAGUAUAGCCAUGGGACCAAAUUUAGUUUCCCUAUUCAUAUCCUCGGGCAAACAAAUGGCCCACUGUGGUGCCAAUGGAACCUCCUCUUCCUUCUUUGUCACACUCAUUCGACAUAGCUCUCUAGAAUAGACCAUUUCCCCAGCUCAGAGGCUCAUUCCCUUUCGGUUUGACAAGUACCCCCUCCUUAUAUACACUUGCUCUUGUCCUCUGGGACUCAAGUGUGAAGUAGGUGAACAGUGAGCUCCCACCCCUUGCCUUUUUCUUUCCAGUCCUGUGAUUUGCAAGGGUGGGGUAUUGUGUGGUUUAGGGACAGAAGUAGGGCCUUGGCUUUAUCAUUUAGUAUGUCAGCUGACUUAUGAUUUGGCCUCUCAAUGUCAAUCCCUUUAGGCUUUCUAAUGAUGGGAGGGUAAAAGAGAUGUUUAGUCAUUCUUAUUUCUUCUACCUUCCAUCUUGUAUCUAUUACAAAUUCAGUCCCAGUGGACUUUGUCUCUGUGUUUAGGGACUUAGUUUCUAAUCAAGGAGGGAUGAAGGGAUAAAGGAAACAGUGCAUUCAAGAGAUUCACUAACAACCUAAAAAGCUCCCUGCCCCAGUGCAUCAUGGGAGCCUUUCUUCUCUUGAGUGAGAUCUAUGGUCAGGGCUACUCCUGCCCAUGUUAGUGCAGGUUCUUGGUUCCUUCUCUAAAUUUGUCCCUACCCUCUCCAGAUCCCUUCCAGCUAGGACAGAGAGGAUGAGUGCCCUCAAACUUAGCCAGUCACAUCUAAACUUGUUGCCACAAAGGAAGAAACAAUUAAACCUGACUUUAGUAUUUUCCCUGCUAGGACUUCUAAACUACUUACCCUGGAGAAAAUUGGACCACUGUUCCUCCUUCAUAGCUACACAAUAUGAUGAUGAGUAAGAAUAGCCCUUGUCACCCAGCAGUCAGUCCUUCCUCAUCUUACCCAGUGCAGAGUGGUGAGUGGGCCCUGCUUCUGACAAAUCUCUAACCCAGGUCUCAUCACUCAUGCUGUCCCUUGCAGAUGCACACAGAAAGCUGCUGGGUAUUCUGGCCUUGUCCCUUCACAGCCCCACACCCUUUUCUUCACUUAGGAGCAGCUGCUCCCUCUUUGUGGCACAUGUGUGCUCUUUUAAUUUUUACCAGUAUUAUAUAUUCUAGUGAUAUCUAACAAUAUUGGUCUCUACUUUUUUGCUAAUGCACUGUUAGAAAUAUUAGUCUUUGGACAGGAUCAUUUUUGCUUCAUUAUUUUUUACUACCCUCACCCCACAUCUGAGAAGAAUAUACUAUAUUAAAAAUGAUAUUUUGCCAAAAACAUUAUGUAAGAAGAUUUCAGUAUUAGUGAUUUACCUGUUACUAUAGGUCAUACAAUCCACUUAAAAUGUACUUAGUAUUUGGUUUUAUUGUUCCUGUUUGCCUUUUCCCCAGGGUUUAGUCCCCAAAAGGCUGUCUUGUUCCUCCAUGCAGUAUCCCUAGCCUAGAGCCUCCCUCAGCCCACACCCCUUUUACUUAACCUUGGGGAAUCUUAUAUGCAUUGCUGUGAAUUAUAUUGACACUCGGUGAGCUGUCCUAUAUUGGCUAAAUUCAAACCUGGAAUUGUGGGGGCAAUCUAGCUGCAUUAAGGGCAAUAACCAACUCCCACAGAGGCUGGGGAGAAGGUUAGGGUUUAUAUUCAGGUCUUUUGUGUAUUUUUGUUUUUUAAAUAAUUGUUUUGGAGGGGUUUAUGCUCAAUCUGUGUUCUAUUUCAGUGCCAAUAAAAUUUAGGAAAACU